AAGCUGCUGUCUUCAACUCCGCAACUCUUAUUAAGUCAGCACUCCUGUCUUUUUUAUAAACCCCUCAAAAAAAAGCAUAAACAACUCAAAAUUAAACUGUUUUAAUUUUCACCCAAUUUAACAUUAAACAUGGCCGGAGAUUCUGCCGGAAAAUCGCCGGAAAACGAUUGGAUUAAUCUAUUGAAGAACUUGGAAAUUACCCAGAUUGCUGAGGUUUUUGAUGGGGUUUGUUCAGAUUGUCAAACUCUUCUUAAAUCUCGAAUUCUUUCUCUCUCUAAUCAACAUACUGUCCAAGAAACCAGUGAAGUAGGCUCAUCAAUUCCUGUAUCUUCUGAAACAAAUACACCAUCUUCGCCUUCUGACAAUAACCAACAACUUAGCAACCAGGAGAAAACCCCUCUUACCACAGAAUUUGUGCAUUCAAUGAGACAAGAAACCAGUACUGAUUAUGAAUCUCCUUCACCAGCUAAUCCGAAGCCACAACUGCGUGAUCUUUUCAGUAACCUUAACUCAUCUCCGAGUAAUGGAAACCAUGUUUCUCCAUCUACUAGUGCUAAUGGAUCGCCAGAUGAGGAGUGGCGCAGAUAUUCACAGGUUAGGAGGAAAAAGGAUUUUGUGCAUUAUGAGAGGGUAGAUGGGAGGAAGGUAAAUGUGGUGCAAGGAUUGGAACUUCAUACUGGGGUUUUUAAUGCUGAAGAACAGAAGAAAAUUGUCGAAUCUGUUUACAACUUUCAGAAAUUGGGACGGAAAGGGCAGCUUAUGGAACGUACGUACUCUGAACCAAAGAAGUGGUUGCCUGGAAAAGGACGUGUGACCAUUCAAUUUGGAUGUUGUUACAAUUAUGCAGUGGACAAAGAUGGAAAUCCUCCUGGUAUAAUUAGGGAUGAGGAAGUUGAUCCUAUGCCUCCUCUAUUUAAAGAGAUGAUCAGAAGAAUGGUGAAGUGGCAUAUACUGCCUCCUACAUGUGUCCCUAACAGUUGCAUAGUGAAUAUUUAUGAUGAAGGUGAUUGUAUCCCUCCUCACAUCGAUCACCAUGACUUUCUUCGGCCAUUUUGCACCGUCUCUUUCUUGACAGAGUGUAAUAUCGUCUUUGGUUCAAAUCUCAAAAUCUUAAGCCCUGGAGAGUUCACUGGUCCAGUUUCCAUUCCUCUUCCUGUUGGAUCUGUUCUUGUUCUAAAUGGUAAUGGAGCUGAUGUUGCUAAACACUGCGUUCCUGCUGUCCCGACAAAAAGGAUUUCUGUCACAUUUAGAAGGAUGGAUGAUAGCAAAAUUCCUUACCAAUUCUCUGAUGAUCCUGAAUUGCUGAACUUAAAACCUCUUGUUCGAUCUUCAUUGCCCAAAGUAGGCAUAGCAGUUCAGAAUCAACAUCAAGGUAGUAAAGUUAAUGGCAAAGCAGAUAAAUCAGAUGCACAAGAAACAAUUAGCUUGUCAAAUUCAAGAGAAACAGUGAAGAACUCGUUCGUCCUCCAAACAAACGACUUCCCCCCAUUAGGUGGCUUCAAAUCAAGGAAACGUUGAAUAAGUUUGGUGUGCAUGGAUGAUGAGUGAGGGAUUUUUUUUCUCAAUGAAGCUUUGUUCUCAUGUUGUAUCAUUAAUGUGCCUUUUGAUGUUUCACAUUAAUUUAAUUUUACUUCAAUUUUUUAGAGGGAUAAUUUUAAAGAUAUAUUGCUGGUACCAUUAUACUUUUUUAUUAUUAUUUUUUUGUUUAUUAGAGAGUUCUUGUACCAUUGUACUGUUAAUUCAUAAACUAAUCCAUUUCUUUAUGUA